CAGGCAUCCAUGUGACUCAGUCUAUGGAGAACAUCUUCUCUUUUCUGAAUAGAUAUAUUGAACCAUGGUUAGGCUUUGGAUCAGCAUUCUUGGAUACUGGCUCCAAUUACAUCUUUCUGAGUGGAGUAGGGACUAUUCUCCUAUACCUAUGGUAUUUGAUAUUGAAACCAUUCUUCCCACCACCUUGGAAAAGUCAGGACAUCAAAAAGUGGCAGGGCACAGCUAACAAAGGAAGGAGGAGGUCAUUUAAAGGUUAUAGAACUACCCAGAGAAAAACACAGGAGCAGAAGAAGCUGCUGUCUGUUGUGCAAAGCCCCCUAGGUGAGCUGUAUGAUUCCUCCAACUUUCGGCAACUACUAUGUCCAGAUCCCUUCUGUGAUGUGUGUAAUGGAGCAACUGCUAAGAUCAGUCGUCUGCUUUCUCAGACCACCCUCCAAGAUGGUGCUGCCUCUAUGUCCAGUAUGGACUCCACAGUUUCUGUGACUGAGACAUCAUUGACUUUGUCCCUUCCUCUCCCAGAAAAUACUGUAGGAUAUCCAAUUUCAGACCCUACAUAUGAGCCUUCUCUACAGUCUACCACCAUUAUUUCACCUAACCAGAAUGUGUACUUGGAAGACACACGUUCUGCCUUACCACUUGGUGACUCUCUGCUAUCAGAGUCUAUUCCUCCUGUGGAUGAUAAAUCCCCACUGGACUGUGAGUAUUCCCAUCCACUUGACUUUUUGCCUCUUCCACAACAACAUGCCACUCGGGAAACAGAAUUGCUUCUCCAACCAACAACUGUUCUCUCUCUGGUGGGCAGCCCUAGCAAGCUUCUCGCUGAUGUCUCAAUAAACAACAGCAUUUGCAGUUCAAGUUAUGCAGUGUCAGAAAUUAUCCAGCCGCAGACAGAUACAGGCAACUCUUCCCAGUUGGAGCCAGCACAUUUGGUUAACCAAGAGCUUCUUGACCUCCCUUCUUCUGAAGCCUACUUAUGGGGAAACACCACAACCUACCUCGCAUUGCCUGGACACCUUCACUUUUCCAGCCUUGGUGCUGUAGCACUACUUGAGACACAAGAUGAAAGGAGGACUGAUUCACUUAAAACUUGGGGGAAAACCUCAGAGUUUGAUCAUCAGAACUUGGCAGUUUCCCAUCCUUUGGGGAGCAGCAACGAGAGACUUCACAUACCCCAGCAGUUGUCUUAUUCCUGUGAAGAUCAGUUAGAGGAUAAACACACCCAGUUCUUCUGGGGACUCCCUUCUCUACACAGUGAAUCCAUGAACUCAAUUGCUACUGUGUUAACUGACAGUUCCCUGACCUCUGGAUGUUUCAACAGAUUCUCAGAUUCCCCAAUGCUUACCCUCCAUCCACCUCUGCCCUUGCCUGAAAAUCAACUAUAUAACUUGUCCCAAAGUCUGUCCCAAUCUCAGUUCCAACAUGUCCCUCAAGCCAACCCCCAGGCUCAGCUUCAACCCCCAAUUCCAGUGCUGUCACCUUCUCAUUCCCAACUUAGGAUCUGUGGAGUGUAUUUUCACAGCCCCCAGGGUGAGGCACAACUUCUUGUGCCAUCUGCAAUCCACUGCCUGGAAUACAACAUCUUGAAAAAGGAACAGGAGAGAGUAUGGGGUUUACCCACUGUGGUCAAAAACUCCCAGCAAAAAUUUUGUCCCCCACCUCCCAAUCCCUCAUUGGUCAGUCAUCCCUCCAAGACCCAUAUUCCAAUGUCUAUCUUUCUUGAAAACUGCUUUAUCACCAAUGAGCUCCGAAAGAAAUUUGAGCACCACCUUCGAAAGAGGCUCAUCCUACAACGCUGGGGCCUGCCCAAGAGGAUCCGUGAGUCUCUGUUAUGGAUGAAUCCUCAGGCAGAACUUCCAAAAUCACCCUCAUCCAAAAGCAACUAUGGGCUUUCAUGGAUCUCUUGCUUUAAGCAACAGGGCAGGAAAGACCUACACAACACUGGAGACUUCCCAGCAAAGCAAUUAGAGAAGAAACUGUUGAAAACAAGAGGAUAUAACCUAGAAACUGUUCAAAAACAGCAGACAUGGAGUAACACUAGGGGCACUCUAGAUAAUGGCCUGAAAUCUGACUUUGAGACAAACCUACAAUGCCACUCAGACAGUCUUCCAUGCAAACCUUUAGGGACCUCAGAGGUGAGCCAAUGUCAGAAAAAACUUGAAACUUCUCUGAAAGAACAUUUGACCACGCAUCUCAAUGAAACCAAUGAGGGUCAGAUCAAUAGCGCUAUGUCUAGAUCAAGGCAUGGUCCUUUCCCUUUUACCUCUUGUGUGAACAAGGAAGAACACAAGGCCCAGAAGCUUUCUGAUAACAUGGAUGGGCAUGUAAAGAGCAUAUCUACAGUGAAAAAGUCUGUCAUGCAACAGACAUCCUUUGUCUUAAACAACACCAGUCUGGAAGAGUCAAAGGGCAAAAGACACAGCUCAGACGUGCCCAGAAUGUUGGCUGAGGUUGGCUCUGUGCCAUUGGUUAAGAGACUACAUUCUGGCAAAACAGUCCAGGGCCCUCAAGUAACAAAGAUGAUUGACAAAAAAGUAUUUGUAUCCAAAAAACUCGGUAAAGGAGGGCAGCUCAGUGGCCUUCAACCAUGUUCUACUAAGAUCUUGAAUAUCAACCAGUGUAAGAGUGCUAAAGGGACAGACGCGAAUACAACAAAAGCACAAAAUACACUGUUAGCUGGAAGGGCCUGAAGGGAAUAUCAGGUCCCCAGGAAAGUCAGACAUCUGACUUUAAUGGUCAGGUGUCCAGGGAAGAGAAAUUUAAAUCAGAAAGCCGUCAGCCCAUCAAAGCUCUAGGGCCCCAAAAUGACAUGCUCCCUGUCUCAGAUAGACUCACUUACAAACUGUUACUCAUUUGUGACCAAAGCCUUUCCAAUGGGCCAAUGAAUAAUGCUCAGGUGUGUCAGGUUCACUUGUCCACAGCAGAGUUUAGUAUAGAACAGCAAGAGUAGCCCUGGAUGCCUCCAUAUAUCUUAGACAAGUGCCAGAACAAGGACUUUCUUCUAUCUGCCCAGAAGGCAUACCACCUAGCCUGAAAAACGGGAGAGCUUGGUGCAGGUGAUGCUUUUAUUGAUCAAAAGAAAUGAAUAGGAGACAGUGGCAGACAGAACCAUAUAGUUCCAGAAAUGUGUGGCUUUACAGAAGAAUCUACUGUGUCAGAGGCAGUGCCUAUUCAUGCCCCACAGUAGCCAGAGAUUCACCAAUAUAUCACCUGUAGGUAUCAUUUUGGUCAGGUACCUUCAGUUGCUAUCCUGAGUUGUAUGUAGACUCUGUGUCAGGAAGCCCAUCUCAAUUUUACAACAGAAAAUGCUUUUCCUGAAUUUCUCCCAGAAAAAAAUCUCUCCCAAUCUCUUCAGUACUCCAUCAUUUAUUGACAAUACUGGUUGACCCCAAUAAAUGUUCAGAUAAAGUGUU